UUCUUUAAAGACCCUGAGUUCCUCUUCAUAACCCAGUAUCAGAAUAAGCGACUGUCUCUGACUUUGAUAUAACAAAAUGCUAUUCAAUCUCGCCCUCUCCCUUCUUAUCGGCAGCAGUCUCGCUGUUCCACUCGAAGCCGACAUUGAGAAACGCCAAAGCUGCCCAGACGUUCAUGCCUUCGGCGCUCGCGGGACCACCGUUCCGCCAGGCUACGGUUUAACCAAAACAGUCAUCGAUGACAUCCUGAGUGCCUAUCCUGGUGGCACCUCUGAAGCUAUCGAUUACCCUGCAUGUGGUGGACAGUCCUCGUGCGGAGGGGCGAGCUAUUCUAGCUCAGUUGCGCAGGGCAUUAAAGCCGUUGCCUCGGCUGUGAAUGCCUACAACAAAAAGUGUCCUCAGACGAAGCUUGUUCUUGUUGGAUAUUCGCAGGGUGGUGAAAUCAUGGACGCUGCUUUGUGCGGCGGGGGUGUCCCUAACCAGGGUUAUACUGAUACUUCCGUCCCGCUGUCGUCGUCUGCUGUGGAAAUGGUCAAGGCAUCUAUUUUGUUUGGUGAUCCGCUGUUCAAGGCUGGCUUGCCGUAUGAUGUUGGAACUUGCGCUGCAGGAGGUUUCGAUGCACGACCUGCUGGCUUCUCGUGCCCGUCGGCUGGUAAAAUCCAGUCCUACUGCGAUGCUGGUGAUCCCUACUGCUGCAACGGCAAUGACGAGACAGCCCACCAGGGCUAUGUAAAAGAGUACGGGUCAAAGGCAAUCAGCUUUGCCAAAUCAAAGUUGUCCUAGUAUUGGAAGACUAUCCUGUUCCGAAACUGCCAGAUUUUUGUUUUGUGUCGCGAAUGCAUUUUUUGAGCUGGGGAAAGUUACUUUAGCUUGUUCAAGACUGGAAGAACGAGACGAUAAUCAAAAUCUUGCUGGAUUGCCCAGUCAUCAUCUGCAUACGUGUGUUCUCCUAGACCCGGUGUGGUAAUCCAUGGCGUAUAUUAAAGACGGCUGAAGAUAUCAAAUUCGACAAGACCGCCAUCGAGCCAGUGGGAGGUAUAGUUCAAAUCAAUAUCGAAGAACAGAUAAUGAAG